AUGAGGACCACUGGGGUGGGACAGAGCAAAGCAUUAUCCUGGUUUCAUGUCGUGGAGGGAUCCGGACAGAAGAUCCCAAGACCGACCCCGCCAGCCUUUUCUCCUUCGCUCUCUCUACGAGGAAAUCGAGCUUGUUUUAUUGUGCGAGUGGCGGGGCUCCUUCACUUUGAGCCCGUUCUGUUCAAUGUUUAGAGCAAUUGACUGCUGAAACCGGAUUGUUUCCACUGCGAUGGGUAUUCCCUGUUAAAGUUCCUAUCGAAAGGAGUCAGUUUCUGAAAACAAGUUUGAAGAGCUAUUCCUCGAGAUGUAGAUCUGCUUCCACAUUUUGAAGAUUGUUCAUCCACCCAAAGAUCUCAAGAAACCACGGGGGAAAAAAUGCUUCUUUGUGAAAUUCUUUGGAACUGAAGACCAUGCGUGGAUCAAAGUAGACCAACUUAAAUCCUAUCACCUUCACAAGGAGGAAAUGAUAAAAUCUACCAAAGGGAAACGCUUUCAACAGGCAGUGGAUGCAGUUGAGGAAUUUAUUAAAUCAAAGGUAUCUGCUUUUGCCUCAUCAGAAGAUAAAAACAGGCACUUUUCAUCUGACAGUAAAAGACAAAAUUUCUCCGCAACAGAAAUUUCAGAGCACAGUACAAGGAAAAGGGGUCGGCCACCAAAGGAGGAAAAGGAUGCUUUCCCUGAGCCAUCCACAGUGAAAAGAUUGGUUACGGGUCCAGUCGCAGGAUACAAAUGGAAGCAAGUAAAGGACGACCCUCACUUUCAUCACUUUCUGCUCAGUCAGUCUGAGAAGUCGGGGUCAUGUUCUGCUAUCAUUCAAAAGCUGAAGACAACAGCAGAAGAGGAAGCAGAGUCAACAUCCAUUCAGGCAGCUGACAGUACAGCAACCAAUGGUAGUGUGACUCCGACAGACAAAAGGAUAGGAUUUCUUGGUCUAGGCUUAAUGGGAAGUGGAAUAGUUGCAAAUCUCUUGAAAAUGGGACACACUGUUACAGUGUGGAAUCGCACAGGAGAAAAGUGCGACCGUUUUCUUCAGGAAGGGGCACGUUUAGGACGUACUCCAGCAGAGGUGGUUUCUAUGUGUGAUAUCACACUCUCCUGCAUUUCUGACCCAAAGGCAGCUAAAGACCUGGUUCUGGGUCCCAGUGGGGUACUGCAAGGGAUUCGACCAGGCAAGUGUUAUGUUGACAUGUCCACAGUGGAUCCUGAGACGUCCACAGAAAUCUCACAGGUGAUCACUUCCAGAGGGGGUCGGUUUCUUGAAGCACCAGUCUCUGGCAAUCGGCAGCUUUCAGAAAAUGGAAUGCUGGUGAUCCUUGCUGCUGGAGAUAAAGCUUUAUUUGACGAAUGUAGCAGCUGUUUUCAGGCCAUGGGGAAGAAGUCAUUCUAUUUGGGUGAGGUGGGCAAUGCUUCAAAGAUGAUGCUGAUUGUAAAUAUGAUCCUCGGCAGUUUCAUGGCUUCUCUAGCAGAAGGAUUCACGUUGGCUAAAAUAGCAAGUCAAUCGCAAGAAGUAUUGCUUUACAUCUUGAGUCAGGGACCUUUGGCAAGUUCGUUUUUGGAUCAGAAGUGCCAAAAUAUUUUGCAGGGAAACUUCAAGCCUGACUUCUUGUUGAAACACAUACAAAAGGACCUCAGGUUAGCUAUUGCUAUGGGUGAUUCUGUCAAUCAUUCAACUCCAAUGGCGGCUGCAGCCAAUGAAGUAAGUUCUCGACAUGUUCUGCCCCAGUGUUUGUUUACAAAUCAAAUUUUCAAAUAAAGAAACAUUAGACUGGUUCCAUGAAUAAAUGGCAUGACAUAGGCUACCUAUUUACCAUACUGAACAAUUCAAUAGAUCGGGGUCAAAUGGUGGCACUCAAAGAAAAGUAUCCCUCGAGUUUCAUUGGUGGGAUACUAAGUGUGAGACUGGAAUGAUGUUCACAGUAGUCAGCACAGGACUUUCUAUUUAUUCCUAACUGCAAUUCUAAAACAAAAAUUGUGGAGUUUUUCUUUAAACGUUAGCAUAUCUGUGCUCACAAUUUCUCAGCUUCUAAUCUUCUGCUAUUUGG